UCCCCCGAUCAUCAGUAGCUGAUCGAUCGUUCUAGCGACUGGACGGUCGGACGACGACGACGGUGGCUUAAGCUUCCCCCCCCCAAAGUGUGCGUCAAGUGUGUGGAGGUCCUCCAGCUCCAGUGAUUUAAUUGUGCGCUAAUUACCCAAAGUCAUUACGACGUCAGGCAGUGGCCAGCGCGCUCGCCAAAAUGGCUCUCAAACCGUUCGACAUUGAGGUGGAUCCACCGUGCGAAGAGUUGCUGGAAGUGGCGCGCCUGGAGCUGCGCGAAACGCCCGAAGUGCGGGCGGCGGCCGUCGAGGAGCUGCGUCACCUGCUGAAGACCACCAAAGAUAUGCACUUCGGCGACGAGGAAGACUUUCUGCUCAUCUUUCUCCGGCCGUGUCACUUCUACGCCGAAAGUGCACUCAAAAUGAUGCGACGGAUUGCCGAGUUCAAGAAGGCGAACCACCCGCUGCUGCACGCCCUGAAACCGGAAGAGGAAAAGCUCGCCUUCGUCAACCACAACGUAGUGAACGUGCUGACCAACCGGGACCAGAAGGGACGCCGCGUGCUGUUGGUCAACUGUGGGGCCGCCUGGGACCCGAAGGCGGUCAGCUCGGAGCAACUGUUUCGCGUGUUCUUCCUGAUCCACCUCGUGGCCCAGCUGGAGCCGGCGACGCAGAUCAAUGGAAUCGUCGUCGUGCUGGACUUUGACGGGCUGUCGCUGAAGCAGGUCAAAGCGAUGUCGCCGGCCUUCUGCAAGCGCCUGAUAAUGUUCAUCCAGGACGCGAUGCCGCUGCGCCUGAAGGAGGUCCACAUCCUCAAGCAGCCGUACAUCUUCAACAUGGUCUGGACGCUCUUCAAGCCAUUCAUCCGCGAGAAGCUGAAGAGCCGCAUCUACUUCCACGGCAUGGACAUGCGCCGGCUGCACAAGCACAUCGAUCAGUGCGAUCUGCCGGCCAAUUACGGUGGCGAUCGGCCACCGCUCAACUACGGCGGCAAGGAGUGGUACCCGUGCGUGUACAACUACCUCGAUCACAUCAACCAGUGGAACACGUUCGGCUUUCUGCCGAUCCCGCAGUGAGCUCUCACAGGCUUAGGUUAGGUUAAGGAUGCUGCAGGAUGCUAUUAGGUUUAGGGCAUUUCCGAUCACGGGGGACGCACGUACUUGUAGCUAGCUAUUACCGAGGAGAUCA